AUGUCAGUGGUGUCUGAAAAUUCAACUAGACGUCCAUCACAGCGGAAUAUACGCUCUGCGAGAAGCAGUUUACCCAGAGGGCGCGUUAGCUCAUCGGAUGUCACGGCACCGUUUCUUGUACCUCAUUUUUCUGCAGCUGCCAGUGAAGGUAUUAAAGCAAGUUGUGAUGAAGAUAAUUGGGCUGAAAACACCACAGUCAUAACGGGUAAUACAAGCGAACAUUCGUAUAGUGGUGCGGCAGAUCGUGCAUUCGUCGUACCUGUGGGUCGAGUUGUUGCCAGAAGAUGCUCUCGUUUACUCUGGCUUUCUAGUGCACUCUUCAUUUCGUUACUUUCUAUUGCAUCCUCACCUACUAUGGCAUUGUUGCCAUUUGUUCUCAGAUAUACAGAAUUUGAAUGGCCUGAGGUAGUAUGUUUGGCUGAUUGUCAAGGAUUAUUAUUAAACAUGACGAUGAAAACGUUGCUGUUGAUAGCCGCCUUAUGGGCAAUGUAUUUUCGACGUGCGGCUGCAGAUAUGCCACGCUUAUUUGUGCAGCGUAUAGCAUUGAUAUUUUGUGUAUUAUUUAUUCUGUUCGCAUUUUGGUUGUUCUACGUGGUUCGCGUUAUACUGGAACGUCAAAAUGAUUAUCGCGUUGUUGUAACGUAUUCGUUAUCACUUCUCGACGCACUGCUCUAUUUUCACUAUAUUUCGGUGAUCAUUCUCGAAAUACGUCUAUUAAGACCCGAAUAUGUUGUUAGUGUUGUACGUGACCCCGACGGUCAAUCGCGUACAUUCACUAUCGGACAAAUGAGUAUUCAACAAGCUGCUGUUCAUGUGUUACGUACCUAUACAGCUAAAUUUCCUUCGUAUAAUCCACAUCUUGACAAGACCACUUCGGGUGUAUCGCGAUUUCGAUCUGGUGUAUCACAAUCAUCGGGUGGCUUCAAAAUGUAUGAUAUCGAAGGAUUAGGUACUGACUGUACCAUCUCAGAGGCGAAUGCUCGUGUUCUAAUGGAAGCAGCUGCGAAACGUCGCGUUGGUGGCCAUAAUGAACGUUUUCAUGAAAUUAUGGAAUGGGAAAGACGACUUCAAAAACGUAAAUAUCGACUGAUUAGUACCACCGAGGAUGCGUUUGCUGGUGUUCAAAGUGUUGCGGCUAACAGCCCUCAGAAUCAGAUUCUAAGCGAGCCGAUGGAAGCAGUUGGUGCUGCUCAAGCAGUUUUCGCGGUCAUUGCACGUCCACUAAACAAGUAUCUUAAACUGACUCGUCAGCAACCUCGUCAUACAGCUGAUCAAGUGGUCGCUCAUUUGGCUCGUUGUUUAUCUCUACGAUUUUCAGCUACCACUUUCCUUCAACGUUUCUUCGCUCCCAAAUUUCCAUUUCCGGAUCGAAUUGAUGAAUCGAAGUGGUCAAUAAUAAGUAAUCAACGAGCAUCUGAGGCGAUACGACAUGAUACAGUAUUUGUUUUACGAUGUCAUCAAAAAGAUGAUGAUGCAGGUGUUCAGCUGUUAUGUUCGUUUCAUUCACUGCCAUUUUUCAAUCUUACCGAGCAACAGUCAUUAACGUCGAAGUUCGCUCUUAAAAUAACUCCUGAAUCAACUGUCUGA